AUGUCCUCACCCGCCAUGGAAGGAACACCAAGCGAGUUCCGAUUACAACGCCCAUCUCACCCAGCUCGAACCCCCUCCAACACAUACGCGCCGCAGCGACGGCCGCCUCCCUUCAUCAGCUUCCAAGACGACCGGCAGCGAUCAUCCUCCUCAAAACGGACACCUAGACGCGACCCUAACGCGCAGUACCGAGCACAGGAAAAGGCAUAUGUCCAGCGCAUACGCGAGGAUCCGCAGGCAUGGUACAGCCGGUUUGAAGAUAACGGGUUGAACAUGACUGGGGCCGAAUCUGAUGUCGAGGACCCGUCGCCUUCUUCGGAGGCACCUUUUGAAGAUGAUGCCUACGACCCCGAUAUUCAGCUUUUCAUCGCCGAUGACAACCAGCCUACGCUUGAAGAGCUCAAGAACCCGAAGAACCAGGAGCGGCUCGAGUGGCAUUCUAUGUUGGCUUCUGUCUUGAAGGGUGAUGUUGUCAAGCAGGAGAAGCAGCGGUUGCUUGGGUCUACGGAGUCAAACAGGUCAGCAGCUCAAAACCACGCGAUAUGGCUUGGUGUGAGGGCCAGGUCGUGUGGGCGGAGUGUCGCCCUGCAGCGGAAGCUUAUCGAGGAAGCAAGAGCUGCACUUGCUCCAAUCAUCGAAGACAUCGUCAAGUUCGAGAUCAAGGGUGAAACGGAGAUUGGGAAAACACCAAUCAAGCAGGUUGAGGAUAUCGUCGAACAGAUUGGGAAAUGCGAGUCGCUCUACUCUACCCAUAAAGCGUUGGAAACAGAAAACCCUCGUGUUUCUUCAGAAGAAUACUGCUCUAGUCGCGAUGCCGUGUACGCCUGGCAUAACACUACCAUCUUGAUCAACACAGAACUUGCUAUUUUGCGAAAAUGGGUCGGCAAUCAGGAGCUUGACUUCAGUAAAGUUGGACACCGACCAACUAACAGUGACCUCAGCGACGAAUCAUCAUUUCUCGAUCGCAUCAUGAAAGAAGAUGGUCUCAAGACACUUCAGGGGGAGCACAACAUGCUGGAUGGCAUUGGCGCAGUGAUUCAGAAAGCAAAAAAUACUCUGAUAGAAAACGCGAGCUCUUUUGCAAAACGACAUCUACCGCCAUAUAUCGAAGAACUCCUCAUCUUAAUUAACUUCCCUUCCCGUCUGAUCCAGGAAAUUAUACGCGUUCGGCUCUCCUACGCUAAGAAUAUGAAGGAUCCAGCGCAGCAGUCUCCUAUCCUGGUCGACCAGAUGAUUACCCAAUUCCAAAUUUUGAUGAGAGCUGCCGUUGAUAUCAAGCGACGGUAUCUUGAUAUUGCAAGACCGGAACCAGGCUGGGAUCUCCCUCCAUGCAUUGACGAAAGUUUUGAUGCGGUUGUGUUAGAUGCUUUGAGAUACUACUUCCGGCUACUGAACUGGAAAUUACAAGCGAAUAAGAACACAUUCAAAGAGGCGGAAAUCCUGGAACAGGAAUGGGACUUCUGUAAUGAGAUUGGUCGUCAGCUUGAGAGUGGGGAUAUCGAAGUUGCUGAACAGUUCAGUGUGUUGACUGCUAGAGCUAUUCAUCGUUUGCUGGUUCACUUUGAGCGCGAGCUGCAUGUUCGCGAGGACGAGGAUCCUGCAGAACUGGAUAAACGGUUUAAAGGAGUCUUGGAUUCAACCAGAAUUCGGCAACGAAAGCUUUACCGAUUUUCCCGGUUCCUGCGUCAACUUUUCGAAAAUGCGUCCGAGUAUAAUCUCCCGGCCGAGAUUUCGUGGGAAUUUUUCGAGGCCCUGUUUGUAUCCGAUCACUUCUUGAUCAAGUCCAAUGGAUCCGUGGGCCAGAAAGGUGUUUAUCUUUUUGCGCAUGGAGCCUUGUGGAAUCGCCCAGGUGAAAUAUCUGCUAUCUUGGGAACCUCAUUCCGCGAGGAGGAUGUCGGGAAAGAACCUACGCAUGUGCCAUAUGUCUUAGCUGUCCGUCCUGAAAAACCAUUGUCUUGGGCGGGUAAGGAGAUGCAAGUCGAGAUUGUCGAGCAACCGACCGACUUGCGACUCGGAAAGCUUCGUCUUGUCGUCGAGGGUUCACAGCAGCGUCUGUCCAACGCGAGACUUGAAUUGGCCCAAUUAACUGGCAUCCAACUUGAUAUGGCCAUUGAACAGCGUGCAAACCUUGGUCGUGUGAACGCAGAGCUCAAUAGGAUCAAGAAAAUAUCGUUCAAGCUGUCCAUGACCAUUAUGGACAGUGUUGCCAUUCUCAGGAAGCAACUCAGGGAGAAGGGUGUGGACAAUCAUGAACUCAUUCAAGCUUGCUAUGCCUUUGCUACCGAGUUCGGCAAGCGUUCAUCCAACGUUGACCCCAAUCGGCGCGCGAUGAACAGUGCGAGGCUCGCUGAUUUGUCUCUUGACUGGGUUUCGUUCGUCUGUGAUGAUUGUGAUGCUGCUGAUCGAAAGACAUUCAAAUGGGCUGUGGCUGCCCUUGAGUUCGCGAUGGCUAUAACUUCCAGCAGACACCUUCUCUCGAUGGACGAUGCAAAUUUCUCACGUUUGCGGCAGAAAGUGGCAGGGUGUAUGUCGCUUCUCAUAUCGCACUUUGAUAUCAUGGGUGCACGGUCCUCGCGCGCAGCCAAGGCCGAGAAACAGCGUUCAGAUGAGCGCGCAAGUUCUCGGAAACUUGGCCCUGGCCGAAUUUUGACCGACGCGGAAGCAAUGAGACUUGUCCGGGAACAGCGUCUCUCGUCCCUGACUAGCAUUGAAGGGAAUAGAGUCGAAGCCGAUGCUAAGCGGCAGGCUCUGGGACGAGUCCUCGAAGGAUCAAACGAGGCGGAUAGGUCUCUUGCGGUCUUGUCUUCGUCUGCGACCAAUGUCACACUACGCUGGCAACAGGGUCAAUUCAUUGGAGGUGGAACGUUUGGCUCUGUCUACGCUGCGAUUAACCUGGACAGUAACUAUCUUAUGGCAGUCAAAGAGAUCCGUCUGCAAGAUCCCCAGCUUAUCCCUAAGAUCUCGCAGCAGAUCCGUGACGAGAUGGGCGUCCUGGAGGUGCUGGAUCAUCCGAACAUUGUCUCAUAUCAUGGAAUUGAGGUUCAUCGCGACAAGGUGUACAUCUUCAUGGAAUACUGUUCCGGCGGAUCGCUCGCCAGUCUGUUGGAGCAUGGCCGUGUCGAAGACGAAACAGUCAUCAUGGUAUAUGCGCUCCAACUUCUGGAAGGAUUAGCAUAUCUCCACCAGUCUGGAAUCGUGCACCGAGACAUCAAACCAGAGAACAUUCUGCUCGACCACAACGGCAUCAUCAAGUAUGUCGAUUUCGGAGCUGCCAAGAUCAUUGCCCGCCAUGGCAAAACUCUCUUGCCCAUGGAUGGUUUCGGGAACCCUGGGCCUAGGGAUGGUAUUGCUCCCAAGGAUACCCAGAUAGCGCCAAACCGUGGCAAGCAACAGAAGACCAUGACCGGAACCCCGAUGUAUAUGUCUCCUGAAGUUAUUCGUGGCGACACCCAAAAGCUAGUCAACCGUCAAGGGGCCGUGGACAUCUGGUCUUUGGGUUGUGUCAUUUUGGAGAUGGCCACCGGUCGUCGCCCUUGGUCCACUCUAGACAAUGAAUGGGCUAUCAUGUACAACAUUGCCCAAGGAAACCAGCCCUCACUGCCGCCUCGUGAUCAGCUCAGUGACCUCGGCAUCGACUUCCUCCGCCGGUGCUUCGAGUGCGAUCCGCUGAAAAGACCCACGGCGGCGGAACUACUUCAGCACGAAUGGAUCGUCUCUAUCCGUCAACAGGUUGUGAUUGAGCCAGCUACCCCGACUAGCGAGCAUAGCAGCAGUUUCAGCAGUUCGAAUUCGGGCAGCCGUCAUGGCUCGACAUACAUGUAG